AUGGUGGGGUCCACAUUUGGUGGUCUCAUUUGCUGCUUUUCCAAGAGGAUGAAGACGGCAGAACUUUCCCGAAUGCUCCCAGGCCAGUCUCACCUCCGAGUCCUCGCAUAUGCAUAUCCCUCCGCCUGCACCGUCAUUUUAUCACUGGACUCUGAAAUGCAGGCCGCCACCUAUGAACGCCCCAGUGUCCUGAGCACCGAGGCCUGGGGUUCAGUCGAGGACUUGCGGCACGGGGUUCGGAGUCCACCCAGGCAACGACUCGGCGGCACAGCGAUAGGCUCAGGGAAAAGCGUCAUAGACGUCCACGAGUCUGGAGCCAGUGAGGGUCAGGAUUCGGGCGUUUUCGCCUGGCCUCAGAGGGUGGGGCGGGACUUCCGGCGUCGCCAUUGCAGUCUUAGUUUUGUGCCUGGUGGGGCUGCGGCAUACACACCCUGGAACGUGAGGCGAAGGCUCCCAGGGGGACGUUCUGGGACCCUCUUCGCACCUUGGCACUCCCUUUUAUCCUCGGCUCACCGCCCCUCUUACCCAAGCCUCGGUUUCUCCGCUCCCCGCCUUCGUCCCAAGUUCCGGGGAGGCAGCUUCCGUUUCAUCCUGGGGACGGUCGAAGCACUGAGUGCGACCAUCAACCUGCGUCACCCCACCCAGUGUGUGUGGGUGGGGUUGGGUGAGCCCGCCGGCUCGUCCCGGCCGCCGCCUGACACGGCCCCGCCCAGCUCACAGGCUGUGACCGGUCCUGCAGAGUCGCUGAUGGACCCAGGGCAGCCCACCUACUGGCCACCUGGCCUUGCUGUCUCCUCAUGGGGGAGCCUGGUGGCCUUCGAGGAGGUGGCCAUGCACUUCUCCAGGGAGGAGUGGGAGCUCCUCGAUGAGGCCCAGAGGCAGCUGUACCACACCGUGAUGCUGGAGACCUUGGAGCUCGUGACCUCACUUGGCUGUUGGCCUGUGGUGGAAGGUGAGGAGUUGCCUUCUGAGAAGAAUGCUUCUGGAGAAGUGGUGGCACAGGUCAGGACUCCCAAUGUACCUCCUUCCAUGCAGAAGGCUGACAGCUGUGACACGUGUGAGCCACUCUUGAAAAACAUUUUGCAGCUGGACGACCAUCAAAGACAUACUGGGGAGACUCCCUGCACAUGUUUAGCAUAUGGAAGAAAGUUUUGGUUUGGUGCAAAUCUUCACCAGCAUCAGGAGUACAAUGGAGAAAAGCCCUUCCAAUGGAACAGAGACAGGGACUUGUUUGUGAAGAGCUCAACAGCCUCUCUGUCAGAGAAGCCCAUUACAUGUGGGUUAGGUGGCCAGGAUGUCUCAGACAGCCAUGACCUCCUCCAGCCCCCAAGCAUGAAUGGCAGUGGGGAGCCACAUAGCAGCACAAAGGGCAGGGAGAAAUUCCACACAGGAGUUAAAGAUUAUGCGUGCAGUGACUGUGGGAAAACCUUCAGCCACAAACUCACCCUCAUUCAUCACCAGAGAAUCCACACAGGAGAAAGGCCUUAUGAAUGCAGUGAAUGUGGGAAAGCCUUCAAUAACAGCUCUGCACUCAUGCAGCACUGGAGAGUUCACACUGGAGAAAGACCGUUUGAGUGCAGUGAGUGUGGGAGAGCUUUUAACAACAACUCCAACCUUGCUCAGCACCAGAAGGUUCACACCGGAGAACGGCCUUUCGGAUGCAGUGAAUGUGGGAGAGACUUUAGCCAAAGCUCUCACCUCCUUCGCCAUCAGAAGGUCCACACCGGAGAACGGCCUUUUGCAUGUGGUGAAUGUGGGAAAACCUUCAGCAAUAGCUCCACCCUCAUUCAGCACCAGAAAGUACAUACUGGACAAAGGCCUUACAGAGAAAGGCCUUAUGAGUGUAAUGAAUGUGGGAAGUUCUUUAGCCAAAAGUCCAUUCUUACGAAGCAUCAGAAAGUUCAUACUGGGGAAAGGCCUUAUGAGUGCACUAAAUGUGGCAAGUUCUUUAGCCGUAAGUCCAGCCUCAUCUAUCACUGGAGAGUUCACACUGGGGAAAGGCCUUACGAGUGCAGUGCAUGUGGGAGAGCCUUCAGCAGUAACUCUCACCUCAUUCGUCACCAGAGAGUGCACACACAGGAAAGGCCCUACGAAUGCAGCCAGUGUGGGAAAGCCUUUAGUGAAAGAUCCACACUUGUUCGACACCAAAUAGUUCACACCAGAGAAAGGACUUAUGAGUGUGGCCACUGUGGGAAAAUCUUCAGCCGCCUCUGCAACCUUGCACAGCAUAGAAGGAUCCACAGCUGA